AUGAAUUCUGUGAAAUCAGAAGCAAUGGAAACCAACGAGACGAACGAAGAUUUGAAAAAUAACAAAACUGAAAAUAAAUUAGCCUUUUCAAUAGACAAUUUAUUAGCUGAUAAAUUUGUUGACAACGAUAAGGUUGUAAAUGAAAACGCAUCGACUUCAGAUCCUGAUUAUUUCAGUGUUUUCAAUAAAGAACGUGUUAAUGUUGAGUCGGAUGAUGAUAAAGACAGCAGUGAUUCAGAACAAUUGGAUGUUGAGAGUUCAACAGCUGAUCCGCAGGAGUUCGCUGAAAGUAAAUCGUCUGAGUAUCAAUCAGCUUCUUGUUCUCGCGGUAAAAGAGCUCGGACAGCAUUCAGCGCACAGCAGAUCAAGAGUCUGGAAGCUGAGUUUGAGAAGAAUAGAUACUUAUCUGUUGCCGCAAGAGGGCGCUUAGCUCGACAGUUGAGACUGACAGAAACACAGAUUAAGAUUUGGUUUCAAAACCGUCGAACAAAAUGGAAGCGAAAAUACACGAACGAUGUGGAAAUAUUAGCUCAACAAUACUACAACAGCCUAGGUAUUAUUUCACCUAGACCUAUGUUUGUUGGUGAUCGGCUCUGGAUAUUUAACUAUCCAAACAGGCUACAGCCUACCCAACAACAACAGUGGGCGAAAUCCCUCAACACAAUAGCAAACGUACAACAGAAUCCAAUUAUAGACAGGACGAUGUUCAGAAAUAUACCGAAGCCGGAUAUGCCAUUUCUAUUGCCACCUCAGUAUCCUAAUGAUCGCGUGUUUUUAAAUAUGGAACGAAAUGUCAGUUUGACAGGAAAUGUCAAAGUUCCCGCGCAAAAUCGCCUCGUCUCCGUUCCGAGAGAGGUCUACAGCAAUAUGGCGACCGCUCAAAGGAGUUUAGAUAUGUACAAAAAUAAUAUCUUAAACCACAGUCCAAAUCAGGAUUCAAGCGUCGAUCAUUUAAGACGAUUGGAAGAAAAUUUUAGCAUUUAG